GGAAGAGAAGCACUGAAACGUGACUGCAAGCUGUUUAAGAAGAAGGAGGCUCAUCUGCUAACCAAAUAUAGGCUGAUGAUCGGUCCUUUGGGCAUUCUCUCCUUCUUAUGGGAGAAAAAAGUGAGGGGAUGCUGCAUCCUGCGCAGCUCUUGAAGUUCCCAGCUGGGAAGGAUGGCUAGAGGGUGGAGAAAAAAGGAUGAGAGACAGAAAGCUGAGGUCAGGUGGAGCCCUCUCUCCAGCUUGGAAGAAAGGAACUGCUCAACCCUCAUGGUGCAUUUAUUUAUGUGCACAGGAAGUUGAUGUCAAUUUCAACCCCUCUGCUUAGCAACUUUGUAUGUGAGCCUGAGCACCUCAUGCUCUUGGAGCUGGAACAACUUAUUUGCAUGCCUUGCCUCAGGAGCUCUUUGUUCUCAGACCUGCCUUGCCUCGCCCGGCAUGUGUGAUCAAUUUCCAGCUUCAAGGGGACGUGGAUGGAAAUAUCUAACCUUGCAUGGGGAAAGCUGGAAAUACCCUUUGCUCUGACUUGUGUUAGAAAUCUAGGGAGGUAGGACAACUGUCUUUACUCACAGCUGAAAAUUCAGCUCAUUCAAUUAGUGUAGCGGGGAUGAGAAGAGGCCCAUGUGUUGAGACACUUACAGCAAUGAGCUAAUGAAAUGUGUACUUCACCAGCUUUCCCUUUAUCACCAACACAAAAGCUGGCAUGUUUACUGUGCUUCUGAGUUCUUGCCAGGGGGAUCCAAGAUGCCAAACUAAAGUAAGGCGAUACCUCAUGUCUGAUCAUUCUGAAAUGCUUUGGAGGACACGCAGCUUUCUCUUGGGAAGAAGAUUUGAUUUGUAACAGCCUCAAAUAUGUGGAUGUUUUCUUGGCUUUGUGUCAUUUUAAUCAUUUUGGCUAUUGCUGACACGGAGGCGGCAGCAAAGACCACAGCCUAUACCAAGUUUACAAAGAAAUCUGAUGGGAAAGAGAUGCCAAAGGGUGUAAAGCUGUCUAGUAAAUUGCCUCAGGAAGAACAGGGAACGUCGCUCACAGAAAUGGCUGCGAUGGUGGAGCCCACCACGGACCCAGAGGCCACUCUCUUCCCCUUUGAAAACUUCACUCUUGACACAGCUGAUUUCUCUUUGAAUUGUUGCCAUUGUUGCUCACCUGUCACUGGGCAGAAAGGAGACCCAGGGCGGCCUGGAAAACCAGGUCCUAAAGGAGAGGUUGGUGAUAUGGGGAUCCCAGGCCCACCAGGAGCCAUUGGACCCCAAGGGCCAAAAGGUCACAAAGGAGAAAAGGGACUAAAGGGAGCACGUGGGGACCAAGGAACAAGUGGAGUUCCAGGAUACCCGGGAAAACCCGGAGAACAAGGUGGACUUGGCCCUAAGGGGGAUAAAGGAGACCUUGGCCUCGCAGGAGAAAAAGGACAAAAAGGCUCAAAGGGGGAUCUGUGUGGGAACUGCACCAAGGGAGACAAAGGAGACCCAGGAGCCAUGGGCUCCCCAGGCUCGAAUGGAGGCCCUGGGGCCAAGGGAGAGAAAGGAGAGACCGGAGAGAAAGGCUACCGCGGAGACUCAGGGGAGCGGGGAGGGAAAGGGCAAAAAGGUGAGCAGGGGAUGAGCGGAGAAAGAGGCAGCAAAGGAGACCCUGGGACGGAAGGCAGGAGGGGCCCCGACGGGCUGCCUGGGGCCACGGGCGAGCCAGGCCCUAGGGGAGAAAAAGGAGAGUUAGGCCCUCCUGGCUUGGUGGGACCUGCCGGGCCAAAGGGUGAGCAUGGGACGAAAGGAGUCCGAGGACCAACGGGCAAAAAGGGCUCGCGGGGUUUCAAGGGCUCCAAGGGCGAGGCGGCCAAAGCCCCACAUUCAGCUUUUAGCGUUGCUUUAUCAAAGCCGUUCCCGCCUCCUCACACCCCUAUCAAAUUUGACAAGGUUCUGUACAAUGACCGAGGGGAUUACAGCCCUAUCACUGGGAAAUUCAACUGCAGUAUUCCUGGGACCUAUAUGUUUUCCUAUCAUGUCACUGUGAGGGGCCGGCCUGCUCGGAUCAGCCUGAUGACCCAGAAUAAUAAGCAGUUCAAGUCCAGAGAAACUCUCUAUGGCCAAGAAAUCGACCAGGCCUCUCUCCUCCUCAUCCUGAAAUUAAGCACAGGAGAUCAAGUGUGGCUGGAGGUGUCAAAGGACUGGAACGGCGUGUACGCGGGUGCUGAAGAUGAUAGCAUUUUUUCUGGGUUUCUUCUGUACCCAGAGGAAACUUUUGAAAUUUCACCAUAAAUCUGGGUCCUAAGCCCUGUACCUUGAAUUUAGGGGAAUAAGUCAGUUAAAAUAGAACAGUGCUUUUUGAAAAACAGCUUCUCUAUUUUUUUCAUGAUUAUAAAAAAUGUCAUAUGACAUAGAAUAUUCCUAUGCUAAGGCAUGUCACUUAGGAAAUACAUAUAUUUGAGAACAUAGGGAUAUUAACUUUGUGGCUAACAUUUUUAUUUGGCAUUAUAAUAGUAUUUAAAGAAUCAAUAUUUGCCUGGAAGCAUACAAAUGAGAUUUAGAGUUAAUAAACAUAUUCUAAAUAUCUUCUUAUUUUGUAUGACUGUGAGUCAUUCUGUGUGAUGUGAAGCUAAGAGCUGACGUUCUAUGGUAAUAGGUCUUUCUCACUGUCUCUCACUCUCUUCAAAGGCCUGCCUUCCAGCAGAAUGGAACUAUUCUUAUGUCAGCUUAAUUCAGGAGAAUACACAGAAAGAGUAGUGAACUAGCUAAAAUAUCUUUAAAAUUUAUCUGCGUAUAAGAGUUUGCCCAUAAAGCUAAACUAGGGUAUUUGAUGAAAUGUAAAAAGAAAGUUGAUAAAGAUGUUAUUGCUCAAUCACAGCAAAAAUGUAACCAUUUAUCAGGUUAUUGU